ACUACCACGUGGAACUUUUUGAGAGGGGAUUCUUGUCAAAAGGAAAACGUUUAGUAAGUCGACUAACCUCAUGUUGUAUAGAACUUGAGUUGAUUAAACCGAUAACAUUUUACUGUAACAUAAUUUUCGUUCAAAUUAGACAGAAUUAAUUUACAAAAUUAAACGACAUUGUGUGUUAGAUGUAAAGGAAUAUCCACAAGAAAUUGCAAAAAAGUUAAGUGUUAAAAUCAAGAUUUUUAAGAAUUAUUUAUUAUUUCUUUUUGGGGGAUUUACCUGUAUACUUAAAAUCUAUGAUAAGUCCAUUGUUUUAAAAAUCACAUUUUGGCAUAUUUAUAGCAUCAUAGAUUGUCAGACAGAGUUCUACAGUUUUCCUAUUUUUAUUUAGACCAAAGUUCAUCCAGGUAAAUUAACAUUAUUACGAUGACUUUGCAUACAGGACCAAUUAUAGACGCUUUAAUUCAAUUAGCUGAAGUACAAGAAUUUAAAGUAACUGUGGUUGAAUCAUUAAAAGGAGCAGCAUUUACUGGAGGUUGUGCUUUCGUUGGUGGAUUAGUUGGUGGACCAAUUGGUUUAGGAGUAGGUGGUGUUGUUGGAGCUUGUCUAGCAGCUGCUAAAGGGCAUGGAAAAUAUAAAUCUCUAGUUCAUGUUAUACAACAUGAUAUGACAUACCAACAAAAAGAACAAUUAGCUUUAUGUGUACAACGUGCUGUGGCAAAUAUUCGCAAGGAAGAUAUUCUAAUGCUAUUACCAUUAUUGCUUCAAGGUGGUCCCAUUCAAACUGUUGUUAUAAAUACAUUGAAAUCAUUUUUGCUUAAGGAAUUAGGAAUGAGACUGACAUAAUAAAUUAUAAUUUUAUAUUCCUUUUUUAUAAAUUAUAAUAAUUAUAUUUUAUAUUUUUUGGAAAAAUAUCAAAUUUCAUUAAACAUCUCAACAAUUUUAUAUAGAAAUAAUAUCAGUUGAAAACCUUGUAAAUCUAAGAUAGUUAACAUUACAUUGAUGCAUUCUUUAUAAUUUUAUCUUUCCAAAAUGGGAUAAAACGGUUUUAUACAAUCAAUACUUCAUGAAUUAUGGCAAUUAAAAAAAAUCAAGAAAAAGCAUAACUUUCAAAAGUGAAAACAAAAUCGUAUUUGUUGUAUAAUCUCUUAAAUACAAACAAAUUGAAAUAAUUUCGGCUUUUGCUGCUUAAAGAAUGCCAAACUUAUCCUUAUAAAAUACUCUAAUGGUUUUCCUAAAAAACCUGUAAUACCAUCAGGUUUUAAAGGAGUACAUAUACAGUAAUGUCCGCUUAUAAUAAACGCCUACGGACUUCGCCAAAGGGUUGAUGUUUAAAAUUCAAUUUAUAAUUUCAAAAUUAAUUUUUUUAUUCAUUUAUUUAUUUUAAUUUUUGGUUGAGUGCCGAGUGGUGUGUGCGCAGAAAUUUCAAUAUAGGACUGGGAUAUUGUAAACCUUUAGCUGACAUUAUUGAAAAGUUAGCUUUAGCUGCAAAAUAUCUUGUUAAAAACAUACGUAUAGAAGAUCUAAAGCCAUUGCUAAUGUUGUUAUUAAGUUUUCGUUCAACAACAUAUUAAUGUAAACGCCUGACAAUUAUGUUUACUUAUUUUUACAUAAAAUGUGUGAGUCAUUA